UUGCGGCAGAUUCGGUUGUUCGAAAACAUUGCUCUCAAAACUAUUUGGUUGGAUAUUCUUAUUUUCUAGUAUCGUUGCAGUUCUUCUAACUCCCACAAAUACACGGAUUUCAUUGCGCGCCGCAGAAUGGAGGCACAUGCUAUUGCUCGACCGGAUCCAGUGGUGAUGACAAUAGAUAGCCCAGAGUUUCACUCUAUUUUCACACCCGAAUUAAAUGAUUUGAUUGCUUUGUUCAAGCGACACAAUCAUGAAAUUCGUAUUGCAGGAGGAGCCGUAAGAGAUAUUCUGAUGAAAAUAAACCCAAAAGAUGUAGAUAUUGCAACAACAGCGACCCCUGCUGAAAUGAAGGAAAUAUUCACUAAGGAGAAUAUUCGCAUGGUGAAUAUGAACGGUGAGAAGCAUGGCACUAUAACACCUAGGAUCAAUGAUAAGGAAAACUUUGAGAUAACCACUCUCCGGAUUGAUGCCGUUACCGAUGGACGACACGCGGAGGUCAUUCACACCAAAGAUUGGUUGUUGGAUGCAAAUAGAAGAGACCUAACAAUCAACUCAAUGUUUCUUGGUUUCGAUGGAGUUCUAUAUGACUACUUCUAUGGGUAUGAAGACUUACAGAAACGACGGAUAGCGUUUGUCGGUGAUCCCGAUUUGCGUAUCAAAGAAGACUACUUGCGCAUUCUUCGCUAUUUUCGUUUUUACGGACGCAUUGCCGAGGAAGCAAAUCGACACGACGAGGAAACACUGCGAGUAAUAGCAAAAAAUUCGUCAGGAUUGGCCAAAAUCAGUGGCGAACGCAUCUGGCAAGAAUGGAAAAAAAUAUUAACUGGUAACUUCGGCGUCGAGCUAACAGAAGAGAUGCUGAAGCAACAGCUUGCGUCGUAUAUUGGACUUCCAGAGUCUCCAAACAUCGACGAGUUCCUCCGGGUUUCGGAGAAGGUACGAGCGAUUGAUAAAAAAGUACAACCGAUUACGCUUGUUUCCGCAUUGCUAGACACACCGGAGGAUGCAGUUAAUCUUCAUCUUCGGCUUAAAUUCACCGUCUAUGAGCGUGAACUAUGUUACUUUAUAACACAAAAUCGUGCAGAAACUUCUACUAUCGAUGAAAUAUUGCCCUUCCAACAGCUUUGCCUCCAAACAAUAAGCAGUGCAAAAAUAAAGAAAGAGUACGUUUUAGAGUUGCUAAAGUACCACGGGAAGCGUGGUUUACACCAACAGCUUCUGGAUUGGCCAUUGCCACAGUUUCCCAUAAAAGGAAAUGUGCUUAUCGCGAAAGGUGCACCUACGGGACCCAAGCUGGGACAUGUGAUGGAUCGGCUCAAAGUCAUAUGGUCCAACAAUCAAUACAGCAUGACGCAAGAGCAACUGCUUGAGCAUCUGCCAAAGGUGUUGGAAGAGCUAAAUUCGAAAAAGAAAUAGAAAAGAAAUCCGAAAAGAUUUCAUCGGAUGAAUUUAAACUAUUUGAAUGUAAUGCUAACAACACCUUGUUUGGCAUGCAUGGGCUAAAGAAAUAACGGAUUUAAUCGACAUCUUAGGAAUGGAAAUAUAUUCGGUCCAAUGGCCACAAUGAUUG